ACCAUCGAACUUUAUCGAACCAAAAGACCUCGAAUUCGAUCUUGACGAAACGCACAUUCACGAAGACUUUUUGCGUGAAGACAUUCGAGUAGACGGAAAGCGGCACAUCAUUUUCGCAACAACGCAGAUGAUCCAGUUGCUGACGGAGUCGAAAACUUGGUACAUUGAUGGUACAUUCAAGGUCGUCAAGGAGCCCGUCACACAACUGCUCAGCGUCCAUGCUUUCGUUCGACAAGGUGACGACAUGAAACAAGUCCCGCUUAUGUUCGUCUUGAUGUCAGGAAAACGAAAGAAGGACUACCGAAAAGUGUUGAAGUCAAUCAAGCGCCUGACACCAGAUCGUUCCCUCAAGAAAAUCGUCAUUGACUUCGAGAGCGCGAUGUGGAGAGCCAUACCAACAGUGCUACCCGAGGUCAAGAUACGAGGUUGUUCGUUCCACUGGGCCCAAAGCAUCUGGCGCAAGAUUCAAGAGAUCGGUCUGGCACCAGCAUACCUCCACGAUGACGUCACGCACCAACUCUGCAAAGAACUACUCGCUUUGCCUUACCUCCCACACGAACACAUUCGCCCACUCUUUGAAAAGCUUGCAAAACGUGCAACAACAGAAACCCUGGCGACGCUCGUGGACUACAUUCGUAGAAACUGGAUUGAGACGACACAAUGGACCCCUAAAACGUGGAGUGUCUUCAACCAACCCGUUCGCACUAACAACGACUGCGAGGGUUGGCACGGUGCCCUGAAUCGACACGCACCAAGUCUCGUCGGGAUCCAAGUCCGUCUUGUGCGUGCCGCCAAACUGAAACGUAGGCAACGAGCCCAAUACCGCCAAAUCGAGGGAAAACUCUUCGCAGUUUGGGAGGAUUACAUCAAAGGAAAGAAGAACGCCCGACAGCUGCUCCGUACGUGUUCACAUCUCGUUGCCCCAAGUACGUAAAACGGUCAAAUGGAAUGUGCUUUGAACUUUUUCAUGCGCUUGCUCUAGACUCUGUCGUCUAAGUCAUGGAAUGAUGGUUACAUUUUGGUAAUAAAAACAUAUUGUUUUAA